GGAAACAGUACAGCUACAGCUUUUGAUUUCAAAUAUAAAUCAUGAAGUCAAUACGCAAAUCCAUAACGAAGACUGUGUCCAACAGUGGGUUGAAUACACUCAAGUCUAAAGAAAAGCUGAAUCAAAGCGGCAGUAAAGACACUCUACCCACUCAUGUAGGCAAUAUGGAUGCACAGAAUUCACCCCCGCCAAGACCCCCCAAACCCCCCCCCAAAGCGUCGACCGAAGCAACCUCAUCGCACACUCCAUAUAACACACGCUCUGAGCAUGUGCCGUCGGUUGCCGGCUCAGUGAAAGGGUCAGUCAAAG